ACGUCGGCAGCAGUCAUGGAGUUAAGUUGCGCCGGGGCAGUGCUCUGCGUGUUGCAGUUCAUUCUUUUUUCUUUGAUACUUGGGUGUGGAGCGCAAGAUGACUUCGUCUGCCCGCUUCCCAACGGUCUCUUCCCGGACCCUAACCCUGAGGCCUGCGUACGCUUCUAUCAGUGUGACAACAGCAUCGCCUUCUUGAAGUUUUGCCCUUCUGGGUCAUUAUUCGACACCUACAAAAAACUUUGCGUUGACCGACACUUGAAGGUCUUUUGUGGACCUCAACCGGCAACGGAGGCACCCGUAAUUAUUGAGGACCCUCACACGGCGGGUGAAUGUGACGUCACGAAAUGCAAGCUCCCUGAGUGCUUCUGUUCACCCGACAGCAUGGCGAUCCCUGGUAACCUCACUCGCGAACAGGUCCCGCAAAUCAUACUCAUCACUUUCGACGGGGGCGUCAACUCGUUGAACUUCAAGACGUACAACUCAAUUUUCCUCGAGAACCGCACCAACCCAAACGGUUGCCCAAUUCGCGGCACGUUCUUCAUGAGUCAUGAGUAUACGGACUACUCAUUGGUCGAAGAUUUCUACAGCAAAGGUCAUGAGAUGGCAUCUGGCAGCGUUACCCGCCGAGCAGGUCUAGAGGACGCCACUGUCGAUGACUGGGUGGGGGAGAUGGUGUCCAUGCGACAGAUCCUCAAGCACUGGGCGAGCGUUGACCCAAGCGAAGUGAUCGGCAUGCGGGCACCCCACCUCAAGCCUGGCCGCAACACGCAGUACGAGGUGCUCCUGGACUACGGCUUCGUAUGGGACUCGUCCCUCACUGCCACCCCCGGCGCCAUGCCCGUGUGGCCGUACACUCUAGACUUCGCUGUCAACCACGAGUGCAAGGCUGGCACUUGUCCCACACACUCCUUCCCUGGAGUGUGGGAGCUUCCUAUGAACUCCCACUAUGGGCAGUCCCUGGAAGGAGGCUUCUGUCCCUACCUCGACCAGUGCGCUCUGCUCUACCACUCCGAGGACGAGGUUGUCGAGUGGCUCAAAUAUGACUUCCAUCACCACUACGAUACCAACAGGGCUCCUUACCAGUUAACAUUGACUGCCAACUGGUUUGCUACCAAAGAACUGCACAAAGCUCUGCUGCGCUUCAUUGACUAUACGCUGUCACUUCCUGACGUGCAUUACACGACCGUUACGGAGGCACUGCAGUGGAUCAGUGCUCCUGUGCCGCUAUCUCAGAUGCAGAACUAUGAACCCUGGGACUGCAAGCUACGGCAGCUGCCCAAGUCUCCUUGCAAGACACCGCGAUCUUGUCCUCUGGCUCUCGAAGGCCGUUUUUCGGAACCUUAUGGGAUCGCUGGCGGGACAAGGUACAUGGUGACGUGCUCUCAAUGUCCUCGCAAAUACCCCUGGGUAUUUGACGCCGCUGGAACUGGUCUUGGCAACGAUGUGUAUGAAAAAGCUACCUUCUAGACAAAGUGAAUGUGUUUUUUUGUGAAAACCGAGUCAACAAUAUUUCUGUCUAUUUAUCCGUCAAUUUUGUUAUGAGACUCUUUUUAUAAAACUGCCGAUUUGAAAAUUAACCAUCGUCCAUCGAUCUAGUAUCAUUAGAAUAGUGGUGUCAGUGUCGAAGAUUAGACCAUCAGGCCUGACACCGAUUCUGAACAUUGCAGAAUUUUCACAGCUUGUUGCGGGUUUCAAAUACGCAACUCACAGAUCCAUUCUUGUGCUCAACCGCCUUGCUACCUGUUCGAUUUUGGCUAGAACUGUCUCAGGGUGCUGGAAUCAAACCCGCAAAUCACUGCUCCAAUCUUAGUACUGUAACCAAGCAAGGCAUCCAAACUGUAUCCCAUUGGCUCUGUGCUGAAGGCAUCCGAACUGUAACCGCUGGGCCGCCCUCAAUACAAGCGAGUUGUGUCUCCCGGCGUAGACGUUCUCUCGUUGAAACAAAUCCUACUAUUCGUUCGAUUUCCUAACAUUGAAGCUCUAUUCACAUUCUUUAAUUAUAUUUCAUUUUAAUAAGCCUGAAGUUUUCUCAAAUACAUAUACGAAACGUACUAAUCGGAUUAUGCGCAUGCAUUAAAAUUGGUCAUGCUUGCAUUGCUGAAAAAUCGUUUUAAUAAUUCUAAAAUAUUAAUACAUUGCAACGAAUGUUGAAAAUAAGUUAAAACAGUUUGUAACGAGAGAAGUUAGCGGUCGCUGUUCACGGUGCCGUAAAUUGUUCAGUGCUUCUGGUAAAUUAUGCUCAAUUCAUAUUCCCGAGAAAAAUCUGUAAAAUGAAAUCUUAUCAUUAUAUUUGUCACUGAUUUAUGUGACUCAGUCUUUCACUAUAUCUGUUCAAUGAGAAUUUUUUGUAUCGUAUUAAAAUCUUCAACUUCAUUCUAA